AUGCCAUUAAAGUGUAUAGUAAAUAAUUGUAAUGGGACAUAUAAAGACCAAGAUAUAUCUAUGCACAGGUGUAGAGGUUUUGAAAGAAAAAGAUCAUAUAUAUGCAGUAAACAUUUUGAUUCAAAAUCCUUUUCAAAGUCAAAUAAAAAAGUUUUUCUAAAGAAAGAUGCCUACCCAACAGUAUUUCCUGGUGUGGUAUUUGAAAAGGCAAAAACCACGACUACACAAACUGAGCUAUUUACUCUCAAUUUAAAAUCAUAUUUAGAUGUUUUACUCAAUGGAUGCCCAUCUCAUCAAGCAACAGCAAAGGCAAUCAAAGUAUUACAAGUCCAGAAUCACACUGCUGCAGGCAACAAUAAGAAAACUUAUGAAUGA